AUGCGUAAUCUUAUUACCCUAAAUAAGGGUAAGUUCAGACCAGUGGCCUCUACUGCGGAAGAUGAUGAAGAUGAUUUACCUUUAGCUUUAUUGGACUCUGUGUUUGACACGUUAUCCGAUAGUAUUACCUGUGUACUUGGUUCCACUGAUAUUGGUGCUAUUGAAGUGCAACAGUUCAUGAAGGAUGGAUCCAGGAACAUCUUGGCUUCAUUCAACAUUCAGACCUUUGACGACAAAUUACUUUCUUUCAUCCAUUUUGCUGAUAUGAACCAGCUAGUGUUUGUCUUCGAACAGGGUGAUAUUGUCACUGCCACUUAUGAUCCUGUCAGUUUAAACCCCACCCAGACUUUGAUUGAAAUUGUGGGUACCAUAGAUAAUGGGAUAGCGGCUGCACAGUGGUCCUAUGAUGAAGAAACGCUGGCUAUGGUUACCAAAGAUCGUAAUGUGGUUGUGCUAAGUAAAUCCUACGAACCUAUAUCUGAGUACCAUUUGGAAGUGGAUGAUCUUAAGAUAUCAAAGCAUGUCACUGUUGGCUGGGGUAAGAAGGAAACUCAAUUUAGAGGAAAAGGUGCGCGGGCCAUGGAAAGAGAAGCGUUAGCUAGUUUAAAAGCAUCCGGCUUGGUCGGUAAUCAACUCAGGGAUCCCACCAUGCCCUAUAUGGUAGAUUCUGGUAAUGUGACGUCUUUGGACACCCAUGAAACCACCAUCUCUUGGAGAGGUGAUUGUGAUUACUUUGCUGUAUCUUCUAUCGAAGAAGUGCCUGACGAGGAUGACGAAACAAAAGUGGUAAACAGAAGAGCUUUUAGAGUAUUCACUCGUGAAGGCCAAUUGGAUAGUGCUUCUGAACCAGUCACAGGAAUGGAGCAUCAUUUAAGUUGGAAACCUCAAGGUUCUUUAAUCGCGUCCAUCCAGAGGAAGACCGAUCUUGGUGAUGAGGAUUCAGUAGAUUUAAUCUUCUUUGAAAGGAACGGUUUGAGACAUGGCGAAUUUGAUACAAGAUUGCCAUUAGACGAGAAGAUAAAGAGCGUAUGUUGGAAUAGUAACUCAGAGGCAUUAGCCAUUGUUUUAGUAGAUCGGAUUCAAUUAUGGACAUCUAAGAAUUACCAUUGGUAUCUAAAACAAGAACUGUAUGCCAGUAACAUUUCUUACGUUAAAUGGCAUCCAGAAAAGGAUUUCACUUUAAUGUUUUCUGAUGAUGGAUUUGUUAACAUUGUUGAUUUUGCCUACAAGAUGGCGCAAGGCCCAACAUUAGAACCAUUCGAUAACGGUACAUCUCUUGUUAUCGAUGGAACAACCGUGAACAUCACUCCUUUAGCCCUUGCUAGUGCCCCUCCUCCAAUGUAUUACCGUGAUUUUGAAACUUCCGGUAAUGUUUUGGACGUUGCAUGUAGUUUGUCAAAUGAAAUAUAUGCAGCUAUCAACAGGGAUGCUUUGGUAUUUGCAUCCAUACCUAGUAUUGAAGAAAUGAAAAAGGGCAAGCAUCCCAAGGUAGUUUGCGAAUUCUUUAAAUCUGAGUUUACAAGUGAACUUGACUCUUUGAGACAAGUAGCCUUUAUAAACGAUUCAGUUGUUGGUGUUCUGCUUGACACAGAUAACCUUUCUAGAAUAGCACUUUUGGAUAUUCAAGAUAUUACUCAACCAACACUUAUAACUAUUGUGGAGGUUUAUGAUAAGAUUGUUUUGUUGAGGAGUGAUUUCGAUUACAACCAUCUGGUAUAUGAAACUCGUGAGGGUACGGUUUGUCAAGUGGAUGCGGAAGGUCAAUUAAUGGAAAUUACUAAAUUCCCCCAGCUAGUGCGUGACUUCAGAGUGAAGAGAGUUCAUAAUAUGUUAUCAGAAGAUGAUACCAACUGGUCUACUGAAAGUUCGGAAUUGGUUGCAUUCGGUGUCACAAAUAAUGGUAAGUUAUUUGCAAACCAAGUUCUCUUGGCUUCUGCAGUUACUUCUUUGGAAAUCACUGACUCCUUCUUGCUAUUUACCACAGCACAGCAUAAUUUACAAUUCGUGCAUUUGAAUUCUACCGACUUCAAACCUUUGCCUUUAGUGGAAGAAGGUGUCGAAGAUGAAAGAGUGCGUGCCAUAGAAAGAGGUUCUGUUUUAGUAUCUGUCAUCCCAUCCAAAGCUUCUGUUGUACUGCAAGCUACACGUGGUAAUUUAGAAACUAUCUACCCAAGAAUUAUGGUUCUAGCUGAAGUUAGAAAAGAUAUCGUGGCAAAACGUUACAAAGAAGCGUUUGUUAUUUGUCGUACACAUAGAAUUAACCUUGAUAUCUUGUACGACUAUGCCCCCGAGUUGUUUAUCGAAAACUUGGAACUAUUUAUUAACCAGAUUGAAAGAGUCGAUUAUCUCAAUUUAUUUAUUUCCUGUUUGUCAGAGGAUGACGUUACAAAAACGAAGUAUAGAGAGACUCUUUAUUCAGGUAUCUCAAAUUCAUUUGGAAUUGAACCAGCACCACUUACAGAAAUGCAAAUGUACAUGAAAAAGAAAAUGUUUGAUCCUAAAACUUCUAAAGUCAACAAAAUAUGUGAUGCCGUGUUGAACGUUUUAUUAAAUAAUGUCGAAUACAAGAAGAAAUAUCUGCAAACAAUUAUCACUGCAUAUGCGUCCCAAAAUCCUCAAAAUCUAUCAGAUGCAUUGAAACUAAUCAGUGAACUAGAAGACCCAGAAGAGAAAGACUUUUGCGUUACUUAUUUAUGUUUCUUGCAAGAUGUUAAUGUGGUCUACAAGGUCACUCUAUCUCUGUAUGAUGUCAAUUUAGCAUUAUUAGUUGCCCAAAAAUCACAAAUGGAUCCUCGUGAAUAUUUGCCAUUUUUACAAGAAUUGCAAGACAACGAACCUUUGCGCCGUAAGGUCAUGAUUGAUGACUAUUUAGGUAAUUACGAAAAGGCUUUAGAGCAUCUUUCCGAAAUUGAAAAGGAAAAAGAUGUUUCAGAAGAAGUAAUACAUUACGUUGAGGCUCAUGAAUUGUAUAGACAUGCUCUAGCACUGUACCGUUAUGAUUCGAAGAAGCAAAAUGUCAUUUAUAACAUUUACGCGAAGUACCUUUCAUCGAUUCAAUCGUAUACGGAUGCUGCCAUAGCAUACGAAAUGCUUGGAAAAUUCAAAGAGGCAAUGGGAGCGUAUGAAUCAGGUAAAAGAUGGCGUGAGGCUAUUACCAUUGCUGUUCAGAAAUUUCCAGAAGAAGUUGAAACAGUCGCUGAAGAUUUGAUUACUUCCUUAACAUUUGAACAUAGGUACAUAGAUGCUGCUGAUAUUCAACUAGAAUAUUUGAACAACGUUAAAGAAGCUGUUACUCUAUAUUGUAAGGCUUACAGGUACGAUACUGCAUGCCUAGUGGCAAUCAAAGGAAAGAAAGAGGAAUUGUUGGAAGAAGUUGUCGACCCUGGUUUGGGUGAAGGUUUCGGUAUAAUUGCAGAAUUGCUUGCGGAUUGUAAGGGCCAAGUAAAUUCACAAUUGAGAAGAUUAAGAGAGUUACGAGCUAAAAAAGAGGAAAAUCCAUAUGCCUUUUAUGGUCAGGAAACUGAGCAAGCUGAUGAUGUUUCUAUCGCACCUUCUGAGACAUCGACGCAAGAAUCAUUUUUCACAAGAUAUACAGGUAAAACGGGGGGAACUGCAAAGACAGGUGCCUCUAGACGUACAGCUAAAAAUAAACGUAGGGAAGAGCGUAAGCGUGCUCGUGGUAAAAAGGGGACCAUAUAUGAAGAGGAGUAUUUGGUUCAAUCUGUUGCAAGGUUAAUUGAGAGAUUAACCCAAACAAAGUCUGAUGCUGUGAGAGUUGUUGAGGGUCUUUGCAGAAGAAAUAUGAGAGAGCAGGCUCACCAAAUUCAAAAGAAUUUUGUUGAAGUACUCGAUUUAUUGAAGGCUAACGUUAAGGAGAUUUAUUCUAUUAGCGAAAAAGACAGAGAGAGAGUUAAUGAAAACGGGGAAGUUUACUACAUCCCAGAAAUUCCGGUUCCAGAGAUCCAAGAUUUCCCCAAGAGUCACAUCGUUGAUUUUUAA